AUGACCUCGUUCAAGGAAGACCUCAACAUUUGGCCUUUGUCCAACGGUAACAGCAAGUUCCCAACAGCAAUCAACGACCAGAUGUCCGAAGACGAUGAAUGGUUGAACGACUUGAUUGACAGGAAAUUCCCUAACAACAGCAACGGCCAAAAUAACUACAUGAUCAACACCGAUAUCCUGGACUACAUGCAAAAUAACAACAACACCCACUCAUCUCCUAGCUUUUCGAUGUCCGAUGCCACCACCACCACCACAACUUCCAACACCAAUACCAACACCAACACUUAUCCUAACAGCUUGAACAAUUCGUUGACCAAUUCCCCUAUCCAUGGUCUGCAAGUCAUGAUGAAUGACUCUUCAUCCAUGAGCAACAGCAUUGGCGACUUGAUGAAUUUCAACCUUGAUUCUUCAAUCUCUAAUGCCCCUGCCAAUGUUGCAUCUUUUGUUUCCAACCCUACCUCGACUACAAACUUACAAUCAUUAAUGGAUACCAACAAUAGCAAUGACAACAAGUUGUUUGCCAAUGCCGCCUUAAAAUCUUAUUCAUCUCCUAAUUUCGGCUUGCUAAAUUUGUCAGCAUUAUCCCAGCAAGACCUGGCCAAUAAUAAACCACAAUCAAACACCACCAAUACCACCAAUACCACCAGUCCUAACAACCAUAAGGUCACUUUCGACUUUGGGGACAACCGGCAAAAAGCCUGUGACUCUUUGUCAUCCUCGAGACUGUCAUCGGUGUCGGCGUCCGUGGUUACUUCUUCCGCCUCCGCGCUGGUAGUGACAGGGGGAGCUGUGACCACCGCACAGGAAGCGGAGGUGACCAAACCUGCCAAAUCCACCGCCGCUAAACCAAAGAAGAAAAGGGCCCCUCGCAAAAGACUCACCCCUCAUCAAAAACAAGCCCAUAAUAAAAUUGAAAAGCGUUAUAGAAUCAACAUCAACACCAAGAUCGCCAAUCUCCAACAGAUCAUCCCUUGGGUGAUGGGGGAAAAAACCGCGUUCAACAUUGGAGGAGUUGUCGAUGGUACCGGUGCCAACAUUGCCAAUGGAUCUCCGGGCACCACUUCUUCUGAUAAUGAACCAGUGGAACCUCCUAAGCUCAACAAGUCAAUGAUUUUGGAAAAAGCCAUCCAUUACAUUCUUCACUUACAAUCAGAAACCACCGUUCUUUCACGUCAAAACCAAUACUUACAAUCACAGAUGAUGACUAUCGGCGCCGCCGACGCCAAAACCCCUGAUGAAAUGGAUCAAGUGAUGCAGCUGGUCAAUGGGGUUUUGGGAGAAAUGAGUCUUGAAGAACAAGAGAAAUUGAAACUUGUGAUGCAAGAACGUGAAAAGAAGGAGCAAAAAGAAGAAGAAGGUAGUAGUGAUCCAGUCGAUGAAGCUGCUGCUAAUGCCGCUGAUACUGCCAAUAAUAAGAAAAAUAAUGAUAACAAGCAAGGGAAUGAUUCAAUACAGAUAAAGUCUGAAUUUGUCGACAGCUUAAUUCAAGGUAUCCUAUGA